AUGAACCAGAUAACUCUGAGCACCAUGGGAUGGUAGGAAAGCUCUGCUUGAAUUCGGAUGCAAAUGUCCCUAAACUGUCCUGUCCAACUCAAGUAAAUGAUACACCACGAGGCUCGGACGCGGAAGAGGUAGUGGCCUUGAAACCACAUGUAGUGGAAGAAGGCCCGAAAUGCUCCUUCUUGGAAAACAAAAUGGAUGACUUGAAUGCUGCAGCAAAACCACAGGGUCCACUACGGGUUACUCUGAAACUAAGAAAAAGCCACCAACAGAGGAAAAGAGCUGCUGCUGCUGCUGCUGCAGGGUUCCUUCUUUGUUUGAUGCUGUUACAUGCUUCUGGCACUGAGGGCUCUGUUGUUAGGCCUAAAUGUUUUACCUGCAAUGACAUGGACAGAUGCCAAAACUUGACCACCAUCUACACCCCGGAAAACCAUCUUUUGUUCGACAGGAAUCUCAGCGAAACUUUCCCAGCAUGCUCUGCUCUUCAUAAAUCAGGUGGCAACCAUACUUGUGCUGUUUGUAAUGACAAACCCGGAAUCCUCAUCUACUGCCCAGAUUAUAUUGAAAACCUGGAGAUCGAAGAUGGAAAAGGACAGAUUCCGAACGUCACCUCAGGCUGUGAAGAGAGGCAGACCACAGGACGUGGACAUCAUGGAUUGAUUGCAG